CCCUGAUCCCCAAGCGGCCCGGUCAACUGUUCAUUGAUCUUCACUCCCCAUCUUCUUUCCGCACAGUAGUAAGACAUUCCCCCCCACAACCGAAGCCCCAGAUAUCCGCCAGCGAAGCGAACGGCGUCCACCGUCACGCGCGCCCAAAUUUGACCGGCCUUUUCCUCUGCGCGUUGCUCUUUGCCGACUGCAGAUCUCGCGCUCGCUCCGCUCGUUCGAACCGGAUCUGCCCAUCGGAUCGGCGCGCGACGUGCUAAUGCUGCGGUGAAGGAAGGGCGAGUGGUGAAGGAGGAUCGGGGCGGUGAAUUUCGCGAUCGGAACGGAGUCAUGGCGGGGAAGGCGGACUCGGCGUCGUCCAUCAGGGUGCCGUACCGGAACCUCAGGGACGACCAGGAAGUGGAGAUGAUGUCCGUGACGACGACGCGCACCACCGGAUCGAGCUCGAUUCUCCCCACGCCGCCGCGGCCGCCGUCCGCUAGGGCUCCGAACGGCGCCGGCGGCGACUUCAGGCCGGCGCACUGUAGCCUCGUGACUCUGAUCCUCAGCUGCACGGUCGCCGCCGGUGUCCAAUUCGGCUGGGCUUUGCAGCUUUCUCUGCUGACCCCGUAUAUUCAGACACUUGGCAUACAGCACGCUUUCUCUUCAUUCAUAUGGCUUUGUGGCCCCAUUACAGGUCUUGUGGUUCAACCUUUUGUGGGGAUAUGGAGUGAUAAGUGCAAAUCAAAAUAUGGGAGAAGACGGCCAUUUAUUCUUGCUGGAUCUCUGAUGAUCUGCAUUGCUGUGAUAUUAAUCGGAUUUUCUGCAGACGUUGGAUAUUUAUUGGGUGAUACAAAGGAGCACUGCAGGACAUUUAAAGGUACCAGGGCAAGGGCAGCUAUUGUCUUUAUCGUAGGCUUUUGGUUGCUGGACCUAGCGAACAACACGGUUCAGGGUCCAGCUCGUGCUCUUCUGGCUGAUCUAUCAGGACCUGACCAGAGAAAUUCAGCCAAUGCUGUUUUUUGCUCUUGGAUGGCUGUUGGAAAUAUUCUUGGUUUUUCCUCUGGUGCGAGUGGGAAUUGGCAUAGAUGGUUUCCUUUCCUGACCAGUAGAGCUUGUUGUGAAUCUUGUGGGAAUCUCAAAGCUGCAUUUCUUGUUGCUGUGGUUUUCCUUACGUUGUGUACCUUGGUGACUCUGUACUUUGCUGAGGAGGUUCCUCUUUCUAUGAAUGAGCAUCAACGUUUAUCAGAUGUGGCUCCUUUGUUGGAUGAUCCCAAGCAAAAUGGUCUGGAACUGUCCAAGAUGAAAUCAGACAUCCCAGGUGUUCACAAUGCCCAAGCUAUCAAUGGGGAGAGAUUUCAUGAAAGAGAGCUUGCUGAUAAUCAUUCGAGCCCAGAAACUAAUGGUGGACAAACUGAAAAUUUUGAUGAUGGCCCUGGGGCUGUAUUAGUGAAGUUGUUGACCAGUUUAAGGCAUUUACCCCCUGCAAUGCAUUCAGUGCUUCUUGUGAUGGCUCUAACCUGGUUGUCAUGGUUUCCUUUCUUUCUUUUUGACACUGAUUGGAUGGGGAGAGAAGUGUAUCAUGGUGAUCCAAAUGGGGAUGAGUCUGCAGUAAAACUUUACAAUCAAGGUGUCAGAGAAGGUGCUUUUGGUUUGCUAUUGAAUUCAGUGGUUCUUGGCAUCAGUUCCUUCCUUAUCGAACCAAUGUGCAAGCGAUUUGGGCCACGGCUUGUGUGGGCUUUGAGUAAUUUUAUCGUGUUUGCCUGCAUGGCAGGCACUGCUAUCAUCAGUUCUAUAUCCAUCUCAGAAAAUUCUAAAGGAGCUGAAGCUGUCGCUGGAGGGAUUAAAGCAGUUGAAGUGGCGUCUCUUGUUGUAUUUGCUAUCCUUGGUUUUCCCCUUGCUAUUACAUACAGUGUUCCCUUUUCCGUCACAGCAGAGUUGACUGCUGAUUCUGGUGGUGGCCAAGGUCUAGCUAUAGGAGUUCUUAAUCUGGCAAUUGUUAUUCCACAGAUGAUAGUAUCGAUAGGAGCAGGUCCAUGGGAUGCUCUGUUUGGUGGGGGGAACAUACCCGCUUUUGUUUUGGCUUCCAUUGCUGCUCUUUCAGCUGGCAUAAUUGCCGUUCGUAAACUGCCGAACCUUUCGAGUGGUGGGUUCAAAUCAUCCGGUUUUCAUUUUGGGUGAGCGCAGAAGCGGCCUCGACUUGGUCCGAGACCACCCCUUCGAAUGUUGAUCUCCUUAUAGCUCAACAGAAUGCGUCGCGGCUCGCUCAAUAGAGGCAAAGGGCUCGUUGACAGCGCAACAGCACCGUGAUUUUUCCCAGGGUUACACGUUUCAUAUUCAAAUUAAUUCAUUUUUCCCCCACCCGGUGUGGGCAUUUGUAAUCUACGUAGAUUGUAAAUCAGCAUAUAAUACGAUGAGAGGCUUAUACGAGCAGAUAUCAUGACAAUUUUGGACUUGCUCCCAGCGUGGCACUAAUAGUUAGAAUAAUCUUGUCCGGUCU